AUGCAUUCAGAUGAGCCAACCAAGAAAAGAAUCAAGGUCGAGCUGCAAGACUCUGAUUUUGACCAUUUCAUAAAGCAAAUCAAACAAGACAGCUCGGAUGCGUUGAACACGCAGAUCGAUGACAUCUUUGACGAAUUCCACGACAUCCUCGCCAAAAGCGAGCUCAACAAUCCCACUAGUGCAUCCGACACCAGUCCAAAGGACUUGUCGCCGUUCGAGUUGAACGAAACCCCCCAUUCUAGCAUCACUUCCUCCGAUGAAGUGCCUCACACCAAACCUACACCAAGUGAUACCACUGUCAACAGCGACACGGUGUUGUGCAUGAAGAAAGCCAUGGCCGACUCGUCGCGGCUCAUUGGCACUUUUACGACCCUCAAGGCUACGUACUUGAAGCUCUGCAAGGAGUUCAACUAUCUUUUGAGCAAAUUCAAUGAGAAUGAGAAGAUCAAGAUCGAAUUGAUUCACGAGAACAACCAGUUACGAAAGCUCUUGGUUGAUACCAUCAAGGAAAAGGAGUUAGACCGUAAGAAGUACCGUGCGGAGCUCGACCUGAUGAGAACGUAG